UAAGGCAAAAGAGAAUGAAAGAAGUAGAUAACCUUGAAAGUAUCAAAGAAGAAUGGGUCUGUGAAACAGGAUCUGACAACCAACCUCUUAGUGAUGAUCGACAAACAAAUUGUGAAUAUUUUGUUGACAGCCUUUUUGAGGAAGCUGAGAAGGUUGGUGCCAAAUGUGUGUCUCCCACUGAACAGAAGAAACAGGUAGAUGUUAGUAUAAAAUUAUGGAAAAAUGGAUUCACAGUCAAUGAUGAUUUCCGAAGUUACUCUGAUGGUGCAAGUCAGCAGUUUCUAAACUCCAUCAAAAAGGGGGAAUUACCUUUGGAAUUACAGGGAAUUUUUGAUAAAGAGGAGGUGGAUGUUAAAGUUGAAGACAAAAAAAAUGAAGUAUGUGUGUCAACGAAGCCGGUGUUCCAGCCCUUUUCAGGACAGGGUCAUAGACUGGGAAGUGCCACACCAAAAAUUGUUUCUAAGGCAAAGAGUAUUGAAGUCGAGAAUAAAAAUUUGUCUGUUGUUCAACUAAACAACCUGGAACCCAUCACUAACGUACAGAUCUGGUUAGCCAAUGGAAAACGGAUUGUCCAGAAAUUUAACAUUUCUCAUAGGAUAAGCCACAUCAAAGACUUCAUUGAAAAAUACCAAGGAUCUCAGAGAAGCCCUCCCUUUUCCCUGGCCACAGCUCUUCCUUCCCUCAGAUUGCUAGAUGAAACACUCACACUGGAAGAAGCAGAUUUACAGAAUGCUGUAAUCAUUCAGAGACUCCAAAAAACCGCUGAACCUUUUAGAGAACUUUCAUAACAUUGACUUUUGAUACACUAAGUGGAAAGUUUGCAGAGAAAUGAUGGUUGUAAAUGAACACUCAAACCAAAAUGAGGGAAAGUAGAUCUGAUUUGCUAGACUUUUGGUCAGAGCACUAUUUAACUCCCUCCUGAUGAGAAGAUUUUAAAUAAGUACAAGUUAGGAAUGUAAACUAUGACUGGAAACUGUAUUCAAUGCACUUUUUCCAAAAGGCUACUCAGAAAACACUUAUUUUCAAAUACCAGUUAUUCAACAAUAAGAUAUAUUAAAUCACUAUAUCCUAUAGAAUCUAAAUAUGAUAUAAAUUAGCAAAUGUAUUCACACAUCAUUCAUUCAGAUGGUCCCAACCAGCAGUGAUUUGUUUCAAUGUCAGCUAUCUCAGAUUUUUUAAAUAGCAAUCCAUUAAGAAAUUUGUACAUGCAAAUUCAAAGCACCAAUGUAAUUAUUUUAUACCUGGGAUACAGUCAGAAGGCUAGAAAGGACUAGUUUCACCACAAGUAUGCCUGAACCUCAAAGUGUUCUCAGUUUUUAUUCUCUAAUGGCAAGAUAUACUCAACUAUUAAUUUGGCACAGUAUCUAAAAUAUAUUUUUAUUUAAGAGUAAAAUUGAGCAGUGUAGUAUAAUGUCAAUACUAAUCUGCCUAUUCACAUUUCUAUACUUUCAAGAAGUGUAAUCUUUAAAAAAUUUCUAUCCAGGAAUCCAACUUAAUCCCUUAUUUUAUUUUCUUUUGAAAAUUAGGGUUUUGUUCUUAGCUAACAUUUUGAGUAAACCUUCAUUUGCUACCACUCAUGUAGAAUCUGUUCUAACGCCUGUGUUGGCACAUUGCUAAUAUUUUUUAAAUGCAUCACACGAACUACGGUUUCCUAUUCCAUAUAUCAGAGUCAACCUGUGUGUAUACGUUAAAGGAAUUAUUUAUUUACGUUCUGAUGCCACCAAGGGAAACAUGUUUAUUUUAAAGUUCUAACUAAAACUGGUUAGACUUGAAUAUUUCAUUGUCAGAUUGAAUUCCCUUGCCUGAACAUAAGUUUAAGAAGCUUAUUUUGCAAAUUCUCUAUUUGAAUCUUAUUUAAAGUGAAAUGUACAUUCAAUGUGCCAAGAAACUAAGUAGCCAUACCUGUCAGCAGUAAUGUCCAUAGGGCAGUAGUGGGUAUCUGCCGGAAAGAACAGUUCUCAAACUUUUUGGUCUCAAGACCUUUUGUUUAUGUGUGUUAUAUAUAUAACAUUGAAAAUAAAAAGUUAAAAGAUA